GGUUGGGGGGGGGCAAUGUGGGUGGCUUGCAACGUAAAGAUUCGCGAUUGCUUGGCUUCUACUUCCGUCACUUUGAAACGGUGCCUGAAAUUGGGGGUGACCAUGGCGAAGAGCAAGUUCGAGUACGUGCGGGAAUUCGAAACAGACGACACCUGCCUGCCCUACUGUUGGGUGGUGGUACGGCUGGACGGCAGGAAUUUCCAUCGGUUUUCUGAGAAGCACAACUUUGCAAAACCUAACGACAACCGUGCUCUCCACCUAAUGACCAAAUGUGCUCAGACUGUCAUGGAAGAACUAGAGGAUAUUGUGAUUGCAUAUGGACAGAGUGAUGAGUACAGCUUUGUGUUCAAGCGGAAAAGCAAAUGGUUUAAAAGAAGAGCCAGUAAGUUCAUGACUCACGUGGCCUCCCAGUUCGCCUCCAGCUAUGUGUUUUAUUGGCGGGAUUACUUUGAGGACCAGCCCCUUCUGUAUCCCCCAGGCUUUGAUGGAAGAGUUGUGGUAUAUCCUACCAACCAGACCUUGAAGGACUACCUCAGCUGGCGGCAAGCAGAUUGUCAUAUCAAUAAUCUCUAUAAUACAGUUUUCUGGGCACUCGUACAGCAGUCUGGACUAACACCGGUACAAGCCGAAGAGAGAUUACAGGGAACCCUCGCAGCAGACAAGAAUGAGAUUUUGUUUUCUCAGUUCAACAUCAACUACAAUAAUGAGCCGCUGAUGUAUAGGAAAGGGACUGUGUUGAUAUGGCAAAAGGUGGAAGAAGCUGUGACAAAAGAAGUUAAGCUGCCAGCAGAAAUGGAGGGGAAAAAGGUGGCAGUGACCCGAACCAGGACUAAGCCAGUCGCCUUGCACUGUGAUAUCAUCGGGGAUGCUUUCUGGAAGGAACACCCAGCGAUCCUAGAUGAGGACAGCUGACCCUUUGCUUUGCUUUUCUGCUGUACUUAACCAUGGAAGGCCCCGCAAGUCUUCCGGCCUUAAGUAGCGUCCCUUCCACGAAGAACAGUGUCCCAGGAGUGACGUGACUCUGGUUGGGAGGGGAACAGGGAAGGAAGGCAUGGAUGGGGUGAGGAAUCUUGUUCUCUAAGUGGGACACCUUUUAUGCAGUGUUAGAACAUGAUUCCUUUGAUAGAAAUGCAUUUUUAAAAAGAAAUCAUGGCACUAUUUUUAUAAAGUGAAAACCAUUUUAUGCCUUGCCAAAUGAAUCAUUUUUAGAUUGUGGCACAAGACUUAGAAAAACCUGCCAAGCUCUUUCCACCUGUGAUAGAGGAUGAGUCCAAAAUUUACUCUGGCACGCUUGUUCUUAACUAGAGGAUCCAGUGACCUUAAAUCUCACCUUUCCCACCCAUCUACUUGGCAUUCAUCUUUGGCAGACCUGGAGAUAAAUAUAGGUCAAUGCCUGCAGGAUGUCUCUGAAUUCAGGAAUUCUAGGGAAAACUCGGCUUUGUGUCACCCUCCAAGUUGGCAACCUUGGCUGAACAAAUGAGUAGUUUGGAUGUCCUUAAACAUUCCAUAGAUUGAUUUCGUGGAGUUAAUCAGCAUGACCAUCGUCCUCUUGCCAGGGUCAUUGUUUGCAAGGCCACUUAAUCUCUUUCUAAGAAGAGUUAUAUGUAUAUAUGAGAAGAAGAAAAUAGGAGAAUGAGUGAACUAGGAGGGAGAAACAUUCACUCCAUGUCCUUUAAAUAAUUGUUUUAAAAGUCACCUUGUCUCCUGUUGGUCUUCCUGAAAAAGGUGCUGAGGUAACGUUUGUAUAAGCAAAACAAUGACAUAAGAAUUGGAGAGCAGAGGGGUCAACACUCCCCUUGGGGUUACUGGUGGCAGGUGUCAACAGAGUCCUCAUAGCUCCUCCACCUGGUGAUGGCAGUGGAGAUGGGAUGGGUGAGGUGCCCAGAGAGCCACAGCAGUAAUUUCAUGUUGCCAAGCUGUUGGCCUCUGAAGGGGGGAGAGGGUGGGGGCAGGUGGUGAGAGAACUCACAUUGCCUCUUGUCCUCGUUUCAUAUUUUAGAGGAAAAGUUAUUUGGCUCUAUUAAGAAUUAAGAGACAGCCCAUGUUCCAGUGCCUGGUCGUGCAUUGCAGAAUUUACAGCCAAGAAGAAAAUGUAUUUUUGAAAGAGCAACGGCUGGUCUCAUCCCUCACCAAUUGAUACCCCAUCUGUCCACACCAUGUUUUUCCUUCCUGUUCUUAACUCACAUGAAUAGAAGAUGUG